UGGUAACUUCAAAUAUAUAAAGGGACAUUACAUUUCACUCCUCCGAGUUAAACUCUCUGGUUUAAUAUCUUAUGAGUGGUUACUGAAAACCUCCGUGACUAGAGAACUAAACACACACACGCUCGUGAUCUGCGUGUCUAAAGACUGAACUCAGGUCAGUUAAUGUUACACUAAAAUCUUACUACUGUACUUUCGACUGUAGUUAACUCAGUCUGCCGUCGAUCUCGCUUCUGCUGUUGGCUGUAACGCAAGUCGAAGGAUGACAUCGAUUAAAAUCAGGGUGGGAUCUGUUCCACGGGGGAAGCCCACUCCUGUUUUUCUGGAUUUAUUUUGUCGCAGUCUUAUUAUCUUGUGUACGUCACUGUCGGUCGUUCUCUCAUCCGUUGCUGUGUGUGAUGGUCACUGGCUGCGUGCCGGACACCGCAUGUUUGGUCUGUGGUAUUUCUGUUCACUGGAAGACCAGCAGAGCAUUAAUGUGUCCUCAAACUGCACUACCCAUCUGGAAGAGUCAGGGGUGACCGGUGCGGGCUCAGGGUUGCCCGUGUGUCGUUCAGUGAUUACACUGGCUGUGGUCAGUGCUAUAUUCGGACUGGAAUUGCUUGUGAUGUCACAGGCAAGCGAAGGGCGUGACUCCAGUCGCCGCUGGACCCUCGGGGCAAAACUUGUGCUGCUUGCGGCUCUGAUGUCUGCAGGAGGGGUAGGAACUUUUGUGCUGCUGUUUGGGUCGUAUGCGACACUCCUUGGCUUUACCCUCACGUUCUGGUGCCAGUUUACUGCUACCUUCCUCUUCUUUCUCAAUGCAAUGGCAGCGCGGCACAUCCAGAAUAUUUCAAUGCUGCCCCCUAGUGGCAAACCUUACAAACUGUAGAGUCCUGCCAUGCACAACUAUAAUUAUAAACCCCUCUUGUUGUAAAACCUGCAGAAGAUGCUACUGGUUUUUAAUAAGCUGCAAUAACAUUCAUCAAUAGUGUUUUUUUUUUGUAAGUUAAGCAUUUGUGGAAUAAUAAAAAAACAAAAUUUUAUUGUCUGUCAUGACCACAUCAAGCAGGGAAACUCUUACUUCUGCAUCAUUUACUCAAGGAUACAAGAGGACUUCUACACGGGAUUAAACACGUGUAUCAGUGACAAAGUUUAUCUGCAUACAACAGUAGUGCAGUCACAAAAAGUAAAAUAAACACAACUAUACACCCUAAAUCAUUUUUAAAUGUAGAAAAUGUGUGUGUGUUAACAAAAAUACAAACGUUAUAAACAGGGGUGUCAUGCACCAAUUAUUUUUAAGGUGGCACAACGUACACAGCUCACAAAAAUGUGUGCAUAAACAGACAUUAAAAGAAAUAUUAUGGAGCCUUCACAGUCUUUUCUGUGGCAUUCCCACUUACAUUUUUAACAAUCUGGAUCUGCCUUCAUGUGAAAACCACCAAAAUAAAUGUGUUUACUAAC